UCUCACAUUAUUGUGUAUAAAUAUACGGUCCAUCAUUUAUGUAAACUACACAAAUUUGUUCAUAUAUAACGACGACGACCUUCAUCGCCGCCAUGGCCGGACUCCACCUUCGUCUUCUUCCUCUCUUCCUCGCUCUCCUUUCCGCCAUAGCCAUAAAAGGAUCGAAAGCUUACUCCAGGACAUUACCUCCCCCGAAGCUCCAAAGGCUAACCCACCUCCACUUCUACUUCCACGACACCGUCUCCGGCGAGAAAACCACCGCCGUCAGAGUGGCCGAGGCCGCCGGCACGAACUCCUCCGCCACCUUAUUCGGGAUGGUGGUGAUCGCCGACAACCCUUUGACAGAGGGGCCCACCAUGGGCUCCAAGAUGUUGGGAAGAGCACAAGGGAUGUACGCGUCCGCGGACAUGAACGACUUCGGUCUGCUCAUGGCGUUUAACCUGGUGUUCACCGAAGAGAAAUUCAACGGCAGUACGGUCAGCUUGUUCGGUCGGAACCCUAUCUUGUCGGCGGUGAGAGAGAUGCCGAUCGUCGGCGGUACGGGCGUUUUCCGGUUCGCGAAGGGCUACGCUCAGGCCAAGACUUACACUUUCGACCGCGUCAGUGGAAAUGCCGUGGUGGAGUAUAACGUCUAUGUUUGGCACUGAAAUUAAAUUUAAAUUAAAAUUAAGAUUUGUAAUCAUGUUUUUUGUAUGUUGUGUUCCGUGGCAUGAAAAUAAAUUGCUUUUGGUUUCUGUUUUAUGGUUAUGUGGAAGAGCAGACAGAGAGCAUAAAACAUAAAGAGAAUCUUUGGCCCUUUUUGUGACCUGUUUAUGUCCAAUACGUAAGUGGUUCUGACA